UUUUUCUUCUCAUUCCACUUCCUUCUUCCAUUAACUUUCGCUCUGUUUUUUUUCCGAUUGCUUUUUUUAGGCAGCCGUAUCUUAAUCUCCUAUCUUUCCGCUUCUAUCUGAAUUUCAGAAAUAUGAACUCAGAUUAGAAGUUAAAAAUUGAGAAGAGAAAAAAAAAAUGGAUUCUGCUAGAAGUUGGUUUCACAAGUUUCAACCACGAGACAAGCCCCGGAAAAAAGAUAUGUAUUCCUGUAGCACUUACGGCGACGGGACAGAAACCACCGUCCCCAUCGGAGGAAAUGAAACAGAGACGGCGGCUAAACUUCCACCACUAGGCGGAGAAGGAGAUGCACUCUCAAAUACAACCAAACAGAAAGUUGCUGCAGCAAAACAGUACAUUGAGAAUCAUUACAAGGAACAGAUGAAGAACCUCAAUGAGAGGAAGGAGAGACGAACAACGCUUGAGAAGAAACUAGCAGAUGCAGAUGUAUCUGAAGAAGAUCAAAAUAAUCUCUUAAAGUUUCUUGAGAAGAAAGAAACAGAGUACAUGAGACUCCAAAGGCAUAAGAUGGGUGCUGAUGAUUUUGAACUCUUGACUAUGAUCGGUAAAGGAGCUUUUGGAGAGGUUCGAGUUUGCAGAGAGAAGAACACAGGUCAUGUUUUUGCGAUGAAGAAACUCAAGAAAUCAGAAAUGCUUCGCCGAGGCCAGGUGGAGCAUGUGAGAGCAGAGAGGAAUCUAUUGGCAGAAGUGGACAGUAGCUGUAUAGUGAAGCUUUACUGCUCGUUUCAAGACAAUGAUUAUCUUUACCUGAUCAUGGAGUAUUUGCCCGGAGGUGAUAUGAUGACUCUUCUGAUGAGGAAAGACACUUUAAAUGAAUAUGAAGCUAGAUUCUAUAUCGCUGAAGCUGUUCUCGCUAUAGAAUCUAUCCAUAAACGCAACUAUAUCCACAGGGACAUAAAGCCAGAUAAUCUGUUGCUUGAUAGAAUUGGACAUUUGAGGUUGUCUGAUUUUGGACUGUGCAAGCCACUGGAUUGUAGUGUUAUCGAAGGAGAAGAUUUCUCGGUUGGAAAUUCCGGCAACGGAGCAAGCUCAGUGAGCAAAGAGAACACCGCAUCAACUACUACUCCUAAACGCUCGCAGCAAGAACAGUUGCAACAUUGGCAAAAGAAUCGAAGAAUGCUUGCGUACUCAACCGUUGGUACACCUGACUACAUUGCACCUGAAGUCUUGUUAAAGAAAGGAUACGGCAUGGAAUGUGACUGGUGGUCAUUAGGAGCUAUAAUGUACGAGAUGCUUGUUGGGUAUCCACCGUUUUACUCCGACGACCCAAUGUCUACUUGUAGAAAGAUAGUGAACUGGAAAACACAUUUGAAGUUCCCAGAAGAAGCAAGGCUGUCACGAGAGGCUAAGGAUCUUGUUGGUAAGCUUUUGUGUAACGUUAACCAACGAAUCGGCUCUACCGGUGCCUCCCAAAUUAAGGCACAUCCUUGGUUCGAAGGUGUAGAAUGGGAAAAGAUUUACCAAAUGGAAGCUGCUUUUAUUCCUGAGGUCAACGACGACUUGGAUACUCAAAACUUUGAGAAGUUCGACGAGGAAGAUAAUAAAAACCAAGCACCCUCUAGAACAGGACCAUGGAGAAAAAUGUUAUCUUCAAAAGACAUAAAUUUUGUCGGCUACACAUACAAAAACUUCGAAAUCGUCAACGAUUAUCAAGUCCCUGGGAUAGCGGAACUGAAGAAGAAAGAGACAAAACCAAAGAGACCAUCGGUUAAGUCACUCUUCGGGUUUUCAAUUGGCCAACCGAUUGCCGUUGAAUUGACAAUCGGGUGGACCUAUAAUGAACUCUCAAUAUUUGCAGUGGGAUUGUUGGAGAAAGAAAUUAUGGAUCUUGUGAUUGGUAAAAGGUUUAAGCUUGGGAGGAAAAUUGGUAGUGGAUCAUUCGGAGAGCUUUAUCUAGGUGUAAAUGUGCAGACCGGAGAAGAAGUUGCUGUUAAGCUGGAAUCUGUGAAGACCAAACAUCCCCAGCUCCACUAUGAGUCAAAGUUAUAUAUGUUGCUUCAAGGAGGAAGUGGUGUUCCGAAUAUCAAGUGGUACGGAGUUGAAGGAGAGUACAACGUAAUGGUUAUUGACCUUCUAGGUCCAAGUCUUGAAGACUUGUUCAACUACUGUAGCAGAAAACUUUCUUUGAGAACCGUUCUCAUGCUUGCAGAUCAACUAAUUAACAGAGUUGAGUAUAUGCAUACGAGAGGUUUCAUUCACCGUGAUAUCAAGCCCGAGAACUUUUUAAUGGGCCUUGGGCGCAAAGCAAAUCAGGUGUAUAUCAUCGAUUUUGGAUUGGGAAAGAAAUACAGAGACCUUCAGACUCACAGGCACAUUCCGUACAGAGAAAACAAAAACCUGACAGGAACAGCUCGGUAUGCAAGUGUGAACACUCACCUUGGAGUCGAACAAAGUCGAAGGGAUGAUUUGGAAUCAGUCGGUUAUGUGCUCAUGUAUUUCCUCAAAGGAAGCUUACCCUGGCAAGGUUUAAAAGCAGGGACAAAGAAGCAGAAGUAUGACAGAAUACGUGAGAAGAAAGUAGCAACUCCUAUAGAGGUCCUGUGUAGAGAUGAACCGUCCGAGUUUGUUUUCUACUUCCGUUACUGCCGGUCUCUACGGUUUGAUGACAAACCUGAUUACUCUUACCUUAAGAGGCUAUUCCGCGACUUGUUUAUUCGAGAAGGUUAUCAGUUUGAUUAUGUAUUUGACUGGACAGUACUCAAGUAUCCGCAAAUUGGUUCCAAUUCUAGUUCACAGACACGGGUGAUAAUCUCUAUUCGCCAUUCUCUUAAGUUUCUCUCUGUAUUCAAAAGCGUAAAAGUGAUAAAAUCUUUUGAUGUGUUCCAGAACCACACAGAUGCAAAACCCAGUUUGACUGCAGGACCCUCCGUCGAAAAACCGGAGAGGAAUGCUGGAAAGGAAAGACGCGAUAGGUUAUCAGGUGCGGUUGAGUCAGAAAGGCAACAGAGUUCGUCGAGAUACGGAAGCUCUUCAAGGAGAGCAAUCGCUUCGAGCUCUCGUCCAGGCUCCGCUGGGGAACCGAGCGAUACCCGAUCCUCUAGCCGUCUGGUCACCUCAGGCGGUGGUGGUGGAAGUGGCCGUGCCUCGACAAGCCAGAGAAUCCAACCAGGAGGAUACGAAUCCAAGACCUCGACGGUUUCCCCUGCUGCCGGAAACACUCGGGAAGAUCCAUUAAAGAGGAGCUUCGAGCUUCUCUCUCUCCGGAAAUGACAACUCAAUGAAGAAAGAACAAAUUUAUACAAUCGAACCAAAGCAAACACAGUUAGAAGAGAAAGAUGUACAACAACGUUGCAUAUUACUUCAAAACAGUUUUUUUUUUGUUUGUAUAUGUAACACACUCUCUUCUUUAACUGCUGUUGCACACUUUGAAAACAAACGUUUAAACGGUGAGAGAGAAAGAGAAGGUGUAACCAUUAAAAACAAAUUUCUACUGGUAAGCGACAACUACUUACCUGUAAUAAAAAAGUUCAUCAUUCUUGUUUGUUUA